AUGAAAGCUUUUAUAGAAACAUUGACAAUCAGGCAUAUCAAGUGUCAGGGAAAAUUGAUAAAUGAUUCAUUUGAUUACAAUCGGUUGAUGGUUGGCAGCGGUUCCAAUAACGUUCCAAUAAAAUUGUUACACGAUUUUCAUAUGAUUUUGAAGCGUCAUCACUACGGAAAAGUUUCUAACGUGUACUUUGAAAAUCGUUUUCAGUUUAUUGCAAACUUCAUGUCUGCUUCAGAAAGAAUCAAGAGUGCUUUCAUGUUGAGAAAUUGA